AUGGAUGAUAAAGUCAACGAUUUUUUAAACGAAAUUAAUGAAAUAGUUCCAUCUUCCAAACCGAAACAGCCUCAAGAAGAAUGGAAUCAAUGUUAUGACGAAUUAACAGGUUACGUUUAUUAUUGGAAUAAGAAAACAGACAAAGUUACGUGGGAUCCCCCUGAAUCGUAUAAGAAAGCUAGCGGGAAGCCUCCGGUUUUGAAUAAAAAUCAACACAUUCCAACGAAAGUCGAACCACUAUUUCCAGGAGUUAGCAGCUCGAAGGAGAUACCGAAAGAUAUAAAAAUCUACUCUAUUAGCGAUAAUUCUAAUAGUAAAGCUAGUUUGCAACGAAUCAAGAAAGAGCCAAGUAAAAAGAGGACGUUUAAGAAAAAUAGCGAUUCAGAAGAUGAAAAAAUUACACUAAUAUCAUCCUAUGGCUCGGACUCCGAAUCUAGUGAAGAGGAAGAAAAGAAACCCAAAUUAGCCCCAAAAUUGGUUAUAGAAGAUAAUACAAACACACUAGAGAUCGCAAAAAGACAAACCAAGACUUCAGAAGCAAUCAGCGGAGACGUUCCCGAAGACCAAGACCCGAAACCCGGUCUAUCAUUAGUAGCCGGUUACAGUGAUAGCGAAGAAGAAACCGAAACAACCAUCGAAGAAACACCUCAAGUCUCCCAUAGCACUCUAUUCCCCAUCGUCAAACCGAUCGAUAUAAACGAUUUCAGUACGCCCCAAGAACCCAAUAGCCCUACGACCGAAAGCAAUAACUUCGACAACAAAGCCUUCCAAAGGAAGAAACGAAUCGGGGUGACGUUAGUGAACACGAAGAAGCGCAACGGCGAUUCGGACAACGAAGAAGAACGAAGAAAAGGCCUGGGUUUCGAUACCAGGGAGAUAAGCAAAGUUGGCGACACGAAGGAGGCGUACAAGGCCAUAACGUUUGUGAAAUCCGAAACGUUGAAUCCCGUGGAUUCUACUGCGAAGAGUAAUGAAGAUGAUUCCAAUGAUUUGGAGCCGGUGAAUGAAAUGUAUUUCACGCUGCGUGAGAAAUUAACGUUUUUAAAUGAAGGAAGGCCAGACAUUUCUCCGGUUCAAUCGAUGGUGAUACAAGCUGAGACUUUAUUUUCUGCAAUGAACGACGGAGCACUCAAGCUAUCAUACCUUCACAAAUGGCUGAAGGAAACCUGUUCGCAACUGAUCAAAUUAGAGAAGGAAGCGACACCGGCGGGCUGGGCUCUCCAAUGGGACAAGCCGCUUAAGAGGUAUUUCUACCAAAACCUGAGCACGGGCGAGAGCCAAUGGGAGUACCCCCAGCCGGACCACGGCGCCUGCGACGACGCCAUGGACAUUUCCACGACUCCCCCUCACGUGGAAAACGAUUCGAACAAUCCCCUGUCGCCCCCGCUGCCUCCGAACAUACGCAGCCCCACUCCGCCGCCUCCUCCUGUCAUUAGCUCCGCUGAAAACAACGGGGGAAUUCUUCCCGAGGAGUCGGGCACCCGGCUCGAAGGAGCCGCCCAGCCUCCGCCGCCUGGCGUCGACAAACACGAAGUAAACUCAUUUCAAAAUGUUGAGGUUAAAGAUUCUUUGAAUUCCGCUUUGGACUCGUUUUAUUCAGAUAUCGCCGCUAUCAGUUCGCCUCCAUCGUCUUCCGGACUCUCCGUUAACGAAGAACAGAGUUCCGAGAUUUGUGCGGACGCUAAGGUGGACUCGGUGAAGAAAAAAAAGAAAACGAAGGUGAAAUUGGCGCCGGGUCUAGUGAUGAAGAAGAAGGGAGUAUCGAAGUUGGUAGAGAAGUGGAAAAACUUACAACAGGAAUACAACAAUUGA